AUGGGUAGGUUUGCAACUCUUAGGGAAAAGGUAGAUAGGUAUAAGGGACUGGUAAUGGCCAAACCUCUUAGGAGAUUGGAUAGGGAAAUAGAGAAAUCUGCUAGUUGGACUCCAACAUAUGCAGGGAGGUUAACUUUCCAAGUCUCACAUACCCUUCUAACUGAUAGCUUUGUAGUGGACCUGGCCCAAAAAACUUGUACUUGUAAUAUGUGGGAGUUGGUGGGAAUACCUUGUAGGCAUAGUGUGGCAGCAAUAUAUAGAAAGGGGGAUGACCCUAGAAACUAUGUUAGUGAAUACUAUCACAAGAGCACUUAUGAGAGAUGUUAUAGUGAGGUCAUCACAACUUUGAAUGGUCAGAACAAAUGGCCUAAGACCUCUGAUCCAGUUAUAUUACCACCCAUGUACAAGCGUGGCCCAGGCAGGCCUAAGAAACUUCGUAGGAGGGAACCUGAUGAGGCAAACCAACAUAAAUGGCAAAGGACAAACACUAGUCAUAGGUGCAAAAAGUGUCAAGAACUUGGUCAUAAUGCUAGGACUUGCAAGAAAAACAAACAAAUUGUGCUUGUUCCAUCUGAGAAUGUAAGGCAGGACAUACCUACACAAGCAAGUCAAACUGCUGAAGGUAAUGUUCCAAACCAAGCAACUGAGCCUGCUACAACUAAUGGACCAAAAAAAGGGUAA